GUUACUUCGUCUGCGCAUUCACGGCCGACCUUAAUUUGCCUACCUCACUAUCCUUUAAAUCCCUCUGACCUCGUUCCUCCCGCCUCGCUUUCUUCUCUUCUUCCCCUCUCCUUCCCAACCCUCUCAACUCUCUCGCCGUCAUCCCAACCUUCUUCGGUUCCAGCCCACCUACGUACUCCGAAAUCGCAUCCCCAAAAUGUCACUUUGCCAGAACCGUCUGACGGAGGAGAGAAAGCAGUGGCGUCGAGACCACCCUUUUGGCUUCUACGCAAAGCCGCAUCGGACUCCUCAAGGAACACUUGACCUCAAACGAUGGGAGUGCGGUAUUCCCGGCAAGGCGCAAACACUCUGGGAAGGCGGACUUUUCAAGCUGGACGUUACCUUUCCCGAUGAAUACCCCACUAAGCCGCCGAAGUGCAAAUUUGUGCCUCCGCUUUUCCACCCUAACGUCUAUCCCUCCGGCACCGUGUGUCUCUCGAUCUUGAACGAGGAGGAGGCGUGGAAACCCGCAAUCACAAUCAAGCAGAUUCUCCUGGGUAUUCAGGACCUGCUAGAUGACCCCAACCCGGAGUCACCAGCCCAGGCUGAGGCAUACAACCUGUUCAAGAAGGACCGCCCAGCGUACGAGAAGCGAGUUAAACAGGUCGUGAGGGAGAACCCGGCCCUUUAAAGAACGCCCCACGACGGCAUGACAAUUUAUUAUCCCACCACGAAGCUACUCUUCCGCCCAUCGUGUGUCUAUUUCCGUCCCCCCAACUUCAUCCCAGUUCUGCGAAUUUCACGGCGGGUAUGGCGGCUUAAGAGUCUUAGACCAGGUGUUCCCACGUGGGGUAGAAGGACGGGAAGCCUUCCAAGAGGGAGAGCGCAGAUACACCCGCUCGGGAGUUUAUGAUCAUGCUCAGCGCGCCAUUGCAGUCAAAUAGGUUCCGGAAUGUCGCAUGGGCGCAGGUGUGUCUUAACUAUUCUCCUGUCUUGGAGGUGUGGAAUACAUGGGUUUUCUUCUUAGCGAGCAGCGUGGCGUACAUAGAACUGACAAAACGGGGCGGUUCGGGACGGCGUUUGACACUAUCUUAAUGCGAUUUAUCUAGCUUAUGUCCCUUCUUUCUCUUUGGGAUGCUCGCAUACUUCUAUCUAUGUCUACCACUG